AUGUCACUCAUCUGUGACCUUCGCAACAUGGAAGAAACUAUUGCUGAACUGAAAUAUGAUGCUAAACGCUCUCCUCUAGGAAAAUUAACAAAUUCUCAGAUUAAAGCUGGUUACGAUGCUCUAAAGCGUGUCUCUGAUGCCAUUGACAAGAUAUUGCACAUCCAGAAAUCAGAUUCUAUUGGCCCUAAUGUGGAUCAUCCCUUAAAUCCAGAUGACAUAGACAUGACUGCUAGGGUUCGCCGGCCUAAGAGGGCAUCGAGCAAUGCAGGUGCAUUAAGAAAGGCCCGUGAUGACCUUUUAAUUGCCUGUAAUCAAUUCUACACUCGUAUACCACAUGAUUUUGGGUAA